AUGCCGCUAAGCCUACGCGCCGCGCUCCAGCUCCGCCGCUUCUUCUCCACUGACGCUGCCCUCGCACCCCCGAAGCUGCGGAACCUGCCCUACCGCCUCCGCCACGUUGCCGUCCCCGCCGCGCGCGCCGUCAUCUCCGAGUACCUCCACUCGACGCGCUGCCUCGCGUCCUCCCACGCCGAUUCCAUCGCCGCGCACUCCCCGCGCUCCCUCCUCUCCUUCCUCGCCGCGCUCCCCACCGUGCCGCGCUCCCUCCCCACCUCGGAGCUUCCCGCCCACCUCCGCCGCCACCUCAACUUCCACCCGCUCAAUGAGCUCCCCUUCUUCCUCGAAUCAAUCGGCGGGCCCACCGCGGCGGCCCCCUGCUUCAACUCCAUGUUCCUCUCCGACCACCCCUCCCUGCUCGGCGCCGUCGCCGCGCUCGCGCACUUCGGAUUCCCAUGGUCACGCCUCGGACUCCUCUUCCCUAGCGUCCUCCUCGACGUGCCCCCGGACCUCAUCUCCGCGCGCCUCUCCGCUCUCGAGGCCCGCCUCCACCGGCUCCCUCGCUCCGCCAUCAUCGCCGCCUGCCUUACCUUCCCAUCGCUUCUCGAGGGGGAUCUAUCCGACUAUGACAUACUCAUUAAGGAUAUUGCCACCACGUUCAAAGGAUUGGGGCCGGAUUUGAGUUCCAGCAAUGACAUUGACGCGUUCUCGGGGGUGUGCCGGAGGAUGCGGAUGUUUUAUGAUGCCGGGGCAGAGAUUGGUAGCAUUGGGGGACUUGUCGGAGGCAGCCAGUGGGUGUUUCUUGAGCUCGGGGAAAAGAGGAUUGCUGAAAGGCUGUGGUUCUUCAAGGAGCUGGGGAUGGAGGGGAAGGAGAUGGGAAGGUUUUUGCUGAGCAAUCCCAGGAUUUUCGAUCUUGAUUUCUCUGAUGUGAUGAUCUCAGUGCCAAGGUAUCUGCGGAGGGUUGGAUUGGCAGAGGAUGAGAUCGAUGCUGCGGUGGAGAAGCACCCGUAUGUUGUUGGGAAGAACCAACUGGAGAACCUUCCUAGGGUGCUGCGGGCAAUGGAGCUGGAGCAUCGGUUCCUGGAGAAGAUAUUGGCCGGUGGGGAGAGUUUGCGCUAUUUAUCACCAGAAUUUGUUUUGGAGGAUGAUAGCUAUGAUGCCGAGGUCGAAAGAGCUUUCUUGGAUGGGAUGGCUAAGGUCAUGGUCGAGAGGAAAGCACAUUUUGUAGACAAGAAGCUGGAGUUCUUGAAAAGUGUUGGGUAUGGUGAGAAUGAGAUAACCACCAAGGUAAUUCCUGCCCUUAACAGCACCAAGGAUUUGCUGUUGGAGCGGUUUGACUACCUCCUGGAAAGAGGAGUGGAGUAUAAGAUACUAUGUCGGAUCUUGCGCAUUUUUCCAAAGGUGCUGAACCAGAGUAAGGAUAUGCUCAAUGAGAAAUUGAACUACCUCACAGAGGAGCUGGGCUACUCCUUGGAGUACCUGCAUUGCUUCCCUGCAUUUUUGUGCUUUGAUUUGGAGAACAGGACCAAGCCUAGAUGGUUUCGAUGGAUGCUUUCGUGGAGGCCAUCAAGGAUCCUAAAUGAAGAAGAGUCAGUUCUCAUCUCAUGCCAUAAGCAGCCCUCCUCUUCCAUGGUGAUGUACCUUCCUCCGCGCUCCAAUUCCGUCGGCAUGCGGAGCAUCCGCCGCGAGCUCCAGCGCAGGAGGUCCAAGCCCUUGGCGCCCACGAGGUCUGUCGCCAAGAAGCCGUCCGCGUCACCACUGCCGAGUCACAGCUCGAGCGACGCCGUCCGGGAUCCAUGCCCUCGUCCACCACGCCAGGAGGUACCAUCGUCGACGAUCUCCCAUUCCCGAGGCUCCACCGUCACCGACGCGUCACCACAGCCCCGGCCUUCGUCGCGCUGCACCUCCGCCUCUCCGCCACCGCCGCUGCUUCGGUCCGACCCCUCCUCCACCGGGUCUGCGUUCCGAGCUGCUCCCGGUGUCCCCGCACAGCUGAAGCCUGGGACGGUGGUUCGUGUCCGCACGAGGACUGCGAAGCUGAAGACGGGGCAGGUUCUCGUGCUCUGCCUCAAAGCCACGAUCGUGUCGUCGUCCACCGACGGAGGCUACGAGGUUGUCUACGACGCCAACUUUCCACGCGGCGAUCCCAAGAGCACCGUCCACGUCGCGCCGCACCAGGUCAGGCUGAUCAAUCCAUCUCCGUCGCCGACGACACCACCGCCGUCCCUGCCUCCGCCCACCGUCACUGUCUCCGUGACUACGAAGAAGGAGAUGCCGAGGCCAACCACGGCAGGGAAGAGCCUGCGCCUCAUCCGCAGCCUCUUUCCGGAGAUGGAGCUUCCGUUCAUGAAUCGUGCAAGUCCCAUGUGGUGUUGUUGCCCAGACCAGCGUUCUGGUGAUUUAUAUGUAUGCUCGUAUAUGAUUAUAUAUUUGUAUACAAGCUGGGGCAUUUACAUUUUACUCAUUUUUGGUCUGACCACUGUUUUCUCUGGGAGGGUUUUCUUGAACAGAAUGAGGUUCAAGCAGACUGUUCCUAUUCACAUAGCGAUUGGCAUCAUGUGCCUGAGCAUCUCGUCACUGGAGAUCUUCUCUGCUUCUCGUCGAUCCAAUCGAUCUGCAGCUCUCCUCCGCCAUGGUAAUGUACCUUCCUCCGCGCUCCUCUUCCGCCGGCAUGCGGAGCAUCCGCCGCGAGCUCCAGCGCAGGAGGUCCAAGCCCUUGGCGCCCACAAGGUCGGUCGCCAAGAAGCCGUCCGCGUCUCCGCCGCCGCGUCACGGCUCGAGCGACGCCGUCCGAAGUCUAUGCCCUCGUCCACCGCGCCAGGAGGUACCAUCGUCGACCAUCUCCCAUUCCCGAGGCUCCACCGUCACCGACGCGUCACCACAGCCCCGGCCUCGCUCUUCGUCGCGCUGCACCCACGCCUCUCCCCCGCCGCCGCCUCGGUCUGCCCAUCUUCGGCAAGUUCCGAGCUCGGGGCUACUCCUGGAGUCCCCGCGCAUCUGAAGCCUGGGACUGUGGUUCGUGUCCGCACGAGGACUGCGACGCUGAAGACGGGGCAGGUUCUCGUGCUCUGCCUCAAAGCCACGAUCGUGUCGUCGUCCACCGACGGAGGCUACGAGGUUGUCUACGACGCCAACUUGCCACACAGGGAUCCCAAGAGCACCGUCCACGUCGCACCGCACCAGGUCAGGGUGAUCGAUACGUCUCCGUCGCUGACAACUCCACCGCCGUCCCUGCCUCCGCCCACCGCCACUGUCGCCGCGACUACGAAGAAGGAGAUGCUGAGGCCAACCACGGCAGGGAAGAGCCUGCGCCUCAUCCGCAGCCUCUUUCCGGAGAUGGAGCUUCCGGUCCGGGCUUGA